GGGGGCGCGGCUGAGGCGGCUGCUGCUGCUGCGCGCGAGACCCCGCCGGAGCGGGCGGUUGCCUGCCUGCCUCCUUGGCUGCCUGGCUGUUGUGGUCGCCGCGCUGAGAUUCCACUGCUCUCCAGAGGCUUUGGCUGGAGUCUUCUCCAGCAGAACUCUCACCUUAUUGCAGCCAUGUUAACAGCAGGAUGAAACUGGAGGCUGUCGUGGAGCAGCUGCAGAAGCAGAAGCAGCAGCAACAGCAAGCACCCCCUAUGCAGAUGGAUUCCAGGGAGAGGCAACAGAGGCAGAUGAGGGAAACCCAGCUGCAUUAUGCCCAGCAGCUGACGGUGCAGCAAGCUGCUCUCGGUGCCACAUCUGGAAAGGCUCCAGGUGGCCCCCUCCUUGGUCCUUCCGCCCGAGUCCCACCUGUGCUUGGGGCUGCCCAGACGUUUGAUCAGAGCAGUAUGAACUCGGAGGAGGAGGAGGAGGAGGAAGAGGAGGAGGAGGAGGAGGAGGGAGGAGAAGAAGAUGAAGAUUUGGAAGAUGGUGACCUUGAAGAUGAUGCACCAAGAACUGGGAAAGAGUCAUGUUCCGCUUUGAAGUAUUUUCAUGCUUCCAAAGUUGCCCCCCACAACCAAAGAGUGGCUUCUUCCUCUAAUCCUCUGCCUAUUCUAGUGGGGCAGCGGGGACAGCAGGGAAAGGAUGAGCAGGGUAAUGAGUCUGCCAACCCUCCAUAUUGUGGUUCAACAUCUGGAAGGCAGGCCUGGAGGCUGGAUGAGCAGCUCAAGCAGAAUGGGAGCCUGAGCUGGAACGAAGAAGCUGAUGGCAGCAGAGGAAGAGAGGUAUCUCGAGACUUUGCCAAGUUGUAUGAACUGGAUGGUGAUCCCGAGCGGAAGAAGUUCUUGGAUGACCUCUUCAUUUUUAUGCAGAAGAGGGGGACGCCAAUCAACCGCAUCCCCAUCAUGGCAAAGCAGAUCCUCGACCUCUACAUGCUUUACAAGCUGGUGACCGACAAGGGAGGGCUGGUGGAAAUCAUCAACAAGAAGAUCUGGAGGGAGAUCACCAAAGGCCUUAACCUACCCACCUCCAUCACCAGUGCUGCAUUUACACUUCGCACCCAGUAUAUGAAGUACCUCUACGCCUAUGAAUGUGAGAAGAAGUCCUUAAGUUCUCCCGCUGAGCUGCAGGCUGCCAUUGACGGCAACAGGCGGGAAGGCCGGCGACCCAGUUACAGCUCCUCCUUGUUCAGCUACUCCCCUGCUGCCACGGGGCCUCCUUCGCUCCUGUGCCCUCCAAAGAUCCGCUUCCCCAUCGUUAGCCUCGCCUCUGGUGGCGGAACCAGCACCCCUCACCUGUCUUCAGCAGGCGCUCUCAGGAAAGGUGACGGUGUCCCCUUGACCGUGUCCACGCCAAACCGCAUUGCCAUGCCUGUGGCCUUGGCGAAUCAGCAGGCGGCUGUGACGGCAGCGGCACGAACUGCUACCCUGGACCAGCUAAGGGAGAGGCUGGAGUCUGGGGAGCCCGUGGAGAAGGUGGCGCGGAUGACGGAGGAGGAACAGCGCUUCAUCCAGCAGGCCUUUCAGCGGAACCUCUUCAGCAUGGCCCGGCAGCUGCCCAUGAAGAUCAAGAUCAACGGCCGAGAGGAUAAAUCAGAUUCAGCGGCGACAUCAGCAGCACUGAACUGGACCCCGUCUGGCUUUGGAAGCAUUAAUAUGUCCGUGGAAAUCAAUGGCACAAUCUAUGCUGGGGUCCUGUUUGCCCAGAAACCUGUCGUCCACCUCAUUGCCGGAUCCAGCACGCAGAGUACCGGCGGCGGCAGCAGCAGUUCCUCCCACUGUUCACCCAGUCCGACCUCCUCCAGGGGCACACCUGGUGUUGAGCCCUCAACCAGCUGGUCUCUCUGAGGGGGAAGCAGGGAGGAGAUGCUCUCUCUUUCCCUGGCCCCAAGCGGUCCUGCCGGUGACCUCGCCUCGAGGAGCCCGCUUAGAAGACCAGCCAGUGGCAGAGAAGCAAAGAUCCUGUGCUGGCAAGGAUCCUGCCGAGGUGGUCUCUUGCUGCCCAUCUCACCUUUCUUCAGGUCUUGCUGUGUCCUCGGUGGGAAAAGGAGGGCAAGGGGGCGGGGGGCGGGAGGGGACACAGGGCGUGUUUCAAUCAGGGAUUCUCUUGAUGGGCUGUGUGAGUUUUUGUAGAUGACUGAGUAUCGCCACUGUAGCAAAAGGCGAAGGCAAGAAACCCGUUUUCCCAUGCUUCAAACGACCCUUUUCCCCUAACAUGACUGCAGUGUAUUGACAAUCCUACCCCCAGAGGCAGAGGGGGAACAUAGCUCUCUUCUCUCAUAUACCACCCCCACAUCCUUGAAUUCCUCUCUCCAGCUUGCUUUUACACACAGAGACACACAAACCCAUAUUUGAUCCCUCUGUGUGUUAAUGUGCAGGUCUUACUGGGUCUCUUUCCUCUUCCCAGUUAGCCAGCCUUGACUCAAAGGGCCAGUGCAUCUCCUGCCUGCCUCUCUCCUUAGGUUUGGCCUGCUAGCUUCCUUUGGUGUAGUCUGACAGCAUGGAAGUUCCCUUUCGUGCUGCUUCUGCAGCAUUAAGCAAGGCCCCUGGGAGGCUGGACAGGCCUUUGGAGGAAUCUGCUCCAGCUGCCCUUCACAGCUUUGCCCAGCCUUCCCUGCAGAACUGGGGCUCAGGCGCCAGCAUUGGCAGGUUCUUCCACAGCCUCACUCCUAUCCAGCCUCCCCAUGAGGUCAAGUUGUGCAAUUCUAUUUCUCCAUUCUUUCUGCCUCAGGGGUGGGUGGGAAUGCAUGGAAUUAUUAUUAUUAUUUUUAAUUUUUAAAAACUCUACCAGUCAGAAAGCUAAAGGUGAAAGUGGUUAGGGGCUCAUCUAGGUCAGGCACAUUUUAUGGCCCACCCACCCUUGCUUCCCUGUCUCCCCCCAAAUGUAACUGGGAUUGGGCAUCUUGAUGCUGAAAGAACAAAACUGUUCUUGCAUUGCUGCUGCCUGUGUCCACUCACUUAACACUUGCCGAGAAUCCUCUGUGAUCCCAGCCUAUCAAAGGGGGAUUGGCUGCUUCCUUGUGCAUUGGUGGGGCCAGCCCUAAUUGACUGCCCCACAGCCCCA